AUGGCCCGGCUCCGGCCCCCUCCCGGCCGGCGCGGCACGGCGCGGCCUGGCUCCCGGCAGGCCCGCCCCUUCCGUCGACGUCACUGCCCCUCCAGGCAACCGCCCCGCCUGGCGGAAGUGCGCACCGCGACUUCCUCCCGGGUCUGGUCCUUGAUUGGGAAUGAGCAGCAGCGCCUGGGGAACUCAGUGGUCCGACAGCAGCCUGAGUCGUGCCUAGUCGCCCGCCCACAGCACUCUCCAGCCGCUCUCUCCAAGACUAGGGCUCCCAUAGGAGCACGGCGGUUGACGGGGGCGGCUUUCAUUGACGCUUGUCUGAUCUCGAAGCCUCCUGCGCUCCCACGUCCUAAUUCCCCUGCAGGCAUAAACCUUGUCCUUGGCCUAGCCCGCCAAGGGGCCCUAGACGUGAGCGCGCUGGCGCCCAGCGGAGAAGUGCGGGGCCCCGGGCCGGGGGCUGCUGUGAACCGGCCCCGGCUGCGGCUGCUGCUGCUUCUGCUCCUGCUGCCGCUGCCCGCCGGGGCCUGGUACAAGCACGUGGCGAGUCCCCGCUAUCACACCGUGGGUCGCGCCUCGGGUCUGCUCAUGGGGCUGCGCCGCUCGCCCUACCUGUGGCGCCGCGCUCUGGGCGGGGUCGUUGGACCGCUGUCCCCGGACUCUGUGAUCCCGGGGCCGGUCGCCAGCAGCGCUCUCCUCCUGCUUCCUUCACCGGCGCAGGAGCUGUGGGAGGCGCGACGCAGGAGCUGGCGGGCUGGGCUCCCCGUCUAUGCGCCCCGGAGUCCGCCGGACCUGGAGCGAGCCCGCCAACCCGAGCAGUCGCUAAGCCUGCGUUCCCGGAUCCCAGCCAGAGCCUUCGGAGAGACGCUUCGCACCCAGCCAUGGUUCCUGCAGCACAUCCUCAUUGCGGACCCUGUCAGGCUCCAGGACCGUCCCAAGAACUUACGGGGGCCCCAUGCCUGACCUAGGCAGGAGCAAUUGCGGCUGUUUCC